AUGGCGUAUAGCUGUGACAGCAUCGUUGACACUGUCGCCCCUCGCUCUUUCAAGACAGAAGAUCUUGACGACAUGAGACCUCAGGGCCAGCAUAUCUCUGACCGUUUGACUGUUGAGGUUGAUUGCCGCUCCCUCGGCCCUAGCGAAUGCCCCUCGAUGACCUCGAGCUUCUCUCCUUUGGAAUCACCGACUCCCACCCCCACCAGUCUCUACAGCCACAACUCAAUGGCUUCUCCUACCUGGCAUGAAGCUGGCCAGUACCACGGCAUCCCAAUGGAGCGUCGAACUUCCGCAACCCCGUUGCGUAGCGCUUUCAAAAUGGCUGAUUUGACCUCGGGUGAUGCUAUGGGAAUGCCUUAUGGUAACAUGGAUCGCACCGAGCAGAUGCCAAUGGAGUAUCUUCCGGGUUACGAUGAAAAUGUCGACCAGUUCUACUUCCCUCAAGAAGUACCAAAAACAUUCGACCAGACAGGAUUCCCCUACCAAGCUCCCAUGGGCCAGUAUAACACCAUGCCUCGCAACCAUCAUUACCAGUACCGACCACAGCAGUCCACCUACCUGCCCGAAUCCGCAUCCAAUCCAUGCUUGUCUCGCCCCAUCUUCAACCAACCUCCCACCGAACAGAUUCCCAACUCGGUGUCCAUGUCGAAUAUGCUUCAAUUUAUGCCUCCCGCCGAUUCCAUGCCACCUCAAACGAUCGCACCCCGCCAGGCAUUCCACCACACGGCCCCCGUCACCCCACCCUCAUCUUCUUACUCUGAAUUUCCUACAAAUCUUCAAACUUUCAAAGCCCACACUCCUUCCACACCUGUCCGCUCCAACUCCAUUGGAACGCCCUCGGGUACUGACACCCCAAUGAGCCGCCUAUCUGGUGGCAACGAAUAUCAAGAAGAGUUCCCCAUGUCUCCAAUUUACCGGGAUGGGAUUAUGAGAGCUCAUCGCCAACCUUCGCGGAAACCUUCCAAGAAGCAGCUGAUUCGCUCCAACCUCAGCCUCGAGAAUCUUCCCGCUGUGAUUAAGCAGGUCCAAUUCAAGUGCAAGGAGCCUGGUUGCAAGGGACGUUUCAAGCGCCAGGAGCAUCUCAAGCGGCACAUGAAGAGCCACUCCAAAGAGAAGCCCCAUGUUUGCUGGGUCCCUGGCUGCCACCGCGCUUUCUCUCGGAGCGACAACCUCAAUGCUCACUACACCAAGACCCACAGCAAGCGAGGUGGUCGAAACCGCUAUGUCGCUACCCUUGACGACACCAGCCAGGAUUACGACCCAGACUUCCGUGGUCAGCUCACACCCGAUGGCCGGCCUAUCUAUGGAUCUAAGCUUGAGGAUCCCAUUCCCGACUGUGGUGACCUGGAUGGAUGGGACGACUAA